CUGUCGAUUUUUCGUUCCAUUGUCGAGUAAAACACGUUCCUGUUCGCACCUUAUCUACUCGUGACUCGCAUAUGCAAACACUGUACAGAUUUCACUUUCAAACACUAGUCAGACGAACCCGGCGGACCCUCGUGACCUUCGUUGUAUGUCAUUUAAAACAGUCGUCGCCUGUGCUUGGUUGCAGUAAUUAAAAUGGGAAUGUUACUGAAUUGGUUCGAAGUUGCUAAUUAGUUCGGUCUGAGGAAUCGGUCCAAUUAUGACGGAUAAGGAGAAUAACAGCUCGUGCAAAUGGAGCAUGGAGGAGCGGGAAAAAAUGCUGACUACUGGCACUCUCGAGCAGAAGAAGGCGGCGUUCAAAGAUGACGAAGAGCUGAUGAGGGAGACGACCAAGUUCGUGGCUGAAGUUAUAGAAACGGCUUCUACGGAGGCUUCCAAGAGGAAAGAAUGUUCUGAGGUGAUUAGUCUAAAUUCAUUUUUGUUUAUCAUAUUGCACGUU